AUGGCCCCCCCGCGUUCGCUCCGCUGCGCGACCUCAGCACACCCUCCAGCGGCUCAGCCGACUGGCGGCCCUCGACGCACAGCACCCAACCCCGAGAGCAAACUCGCGCGGAAGGAUGCAUGUGUCGAGGCUCUCCGCCCAGGCGGAGGUGGCCGCCCAGCGCCCGCCUACAACUCGAUUGCCCAGAAAGCCGGCGACGCACUGGUAGAGCUGGUAUGGACCACCCACGGUGAUUCUGCAGAAGACCGACGCGCACUCCACCGCCCGCGCGCCACCCAUGAGAUCUCCUGGGCCCAUCUGCACCACGAGCGCGCCCGCGCCAAGAACGCCGCGGGCGACGAGGUUCAGCCGCAGCCGCCCAAGGCCACGGUCGCUACCCCAUGCUACUCCUUGGACCCGAGCCAGUGGGACGUGGCAGUCACCAAGGUUCCCGAGCCGGUAGUAGACACGGGCACUGGUUGUACCACAUACAAGAGGUCAGUCCUUGUGUACACGGCCGACGACGCACCAACCGUUCUAGCUGCGCUCCAACGCCAAGAUGACCCUCUCUCCGCGGUCGCCCUCGGCCCUGGGGACCCGCAGCACGCAGGUCUCGACUGUAAGGUCCCCGUCGCCCGGCGGACACCACGAUCCUUUCGACCGCAGCCCACCCAUUUCGACGCUACCAUCUACCAGUUUGGGCGCACCGAGGUUCAAUGCACCCAGAAUUCCAUGGGCGUGGAGUUCGACCCAGUGUUGCAAGCUACGUGGAUCCGCGGCACCAUCUUGGAAGAUGAAGCCACUGCUGCAACUGACGGAGCGCAUACCGAACUGUUUGCCCAGCUCCAGAGAGCUGAUGCUGUCAGGAAAGAACGCGAGACCUACCUCGAGCGCAUGGCCGGCAAGCGCCUGCGGGGCACUGACGGGGCCGAGUCGCUCCGUUUGAGCGUCGUUUCCGUCAACGGCAACUCGCGGGGGUCGGUGAAAGAUUGGGUUGCCAGGCGUCAGCUCAGAGGAUGUUCCAGUUUUGAUGCGACCCCGGCUUGCGAGGACUGGGCGAACUGGCUCACGAGCAAGGAGGCGCCGGUGGCCACUGCCAGGCUGCCCCGUGCGACCAAUGACCCGCUGGCCCGGGCCCCUCCUUGUGAGAUCAGGCCCAUGCAUUCCCGCGUCGGCAUCGUCGCGGGGCGCAGCUUCGCCGCGACGCUCACCAGAGCGUUUGCUCUGGACGCGUCCGAUAGGGUGGAGGUUCCGACAGGGGCUCUCGUUCGAUUCUACAUCGGCGAUCUGGGUUGGAACGCCAUUGGGUCUAUCCAGAGCAUCUGCCGCGACCUCUCCGCCACGGCCCCACGCUUGAAAAGGGCUGUGUCCGAGCUGUCCCACGCGGAUACUUCUGCGUAUAAUCUCGUCUUCCAAGGCACGCUGAAGCACGCCUACCAGCACGAGCUGGACGGCGCAUUGGCUCGCGCCGGCAGCGGCCCCCCUGGGCCGCCCGCCGCUGGGCGCACGGGGCCCAGAAACGCCCCGCGGGUGGAGGUUUGCAAGCGCCUGCGCGAGGUAGCCGCCCGCCUCGGCGUCGCCCGCGCGCCCGACAGUGCUGGGCGGCAACGGGUGGGGGCCACGCGCCAGGCCAUCUCGGCGGCUUCUGACCUGUCGGACGCCGACCGGCCAGAGGUCGACGUCGAGGCCGCGCGGGCAACGUACCUGUCCGCCUUUGCGGGGCAGGCGAAGGGGCUCGGCGCCACGAUAGGGGAUUCCACGAGGGCGGGGCGUCGCGCGCAUAUCCACGCCUACCCGGACCUGGAGCAGCGCCGACAGGAGGGCAGCGAUGCCUUGGCCGAGUUUGUAUUCGAGGGGGCGCGGCCGCAUUGCGAGCCGAACGCUGGCCAGGGAGCCGACGAGGGCGACCUCUUUUUCCUCAGCGGCGCGCUGCGGGGUUGGAUGGAUCCCAGCGGCGCCCGGCAGACGUUCGAGCCGCAGAGCGUUGCGAGCGAGAUCAGGAAUGUCCCACGGCAUGAGAAGGCUCGGGCGCACCAGUCCCCCGAUGGUCCUGACGUCGACGACGCCGAGCAGUUUAGGCGCGUCGGCAAUGACGCGGCUGGCCGAGCUGCGAAGCUUGGUUCCCAGGCGUUCGACGAGCCCCAUGGGGGCUGGCUGCUGAGCGAGCUCAUGACUUACAUGCUCUUCGUGCCGAGCUCAAUGUUUACUCUGUCGAUCGACCUGUGCAUCCUGAACUGCAGCUACGCCAUGCUUAAUUGGCGCUCGCCACUCGCCUGCAACGCGGACCGCCCAGGUCAUGGCACGAUCUGCAUCGAGGCCAAUCCUGCUCGCCACCGGCGUUGGCACAGGGAGGAAGUUUCGUUGCCGUCGCUGAGCAUCGUCGGUCACAUUCUUGUCCUGCUCCCUGGGCCUCCUGCUCGCAUCGACGCAGCCGCUGGCCCACACGGCGCGGCUGCUACCUCGUUCAGGUCCCUGGAGAGGCAGCUGGCAGACCUCGGGCAGCAGAGCCACAAAGAAGCACGGCGGCUUGCCGACCAGCUUCCGAAGAAGUCUUGGUCUUUCAGUGCGGACAUGCUCACCGCGCGGGAGCGCGCGAUGAAAGAGGGCCUCCAGGAAACGAUCGCCACCGCUGUUUCCUGGGCUGCUCACGCUUCUUCCUGCGCUACUGCAUCGGCAUCGACACGGACACCAGUGUCUUCAUUGGCCCGACCGUUCGUCGGCCUGCAGUCGGACCCCGACGCCGCGUGCGUCGGCCUCGUGCAGUCGUUGCGACAUCCCGCCUGCAUCAACGAGUUCGCGCGGUUGCUGCAGGUCACUCGGCUGAAAACCCCCGCUCGGCUUCCAGUAACCCUGCCGCGACGCAGACCGCCGCCUCUCCGCGGGCCGUGGAACGCGAUGUACGCAUCACUGACCGCGGUCAUCCGGCGCACGCCAGGAGGCAAGUUCCAGAAGGUUGCCAAAUCGCCCACGAUGUGCGCGAUCCCCGCCCAGACCACCCUGGACAACCUGACGACGUACUUCAGCCACUGGCCGAAGCGCCGCGCCCUCUUCCUGAUGUACGGCGGCCCCCAGACCCCCCUCCGGCGCCCCUUCGGCUCCCGGGCGCCAGCGUCAUCGCGGCUCCCCGAGGCGGAGCGGGCGCGCGGCCCAGGCCGCCGCGAGGGCGGGGGCGGCGAAGCGGAUUUCGGGCACGCCUACGGCCCUGCCGCGGGCGGCGCGGCGGACUCGGGCAGCGGAGGCAAGCCCGCGGCCGCGGCGCGGGCCUCGCGCCCGCUUGGGCUUGCGGGGGUCGGCCGGAAAUUCGCGCGCGGCGAGAAGCUCACCAUGGUGACGGCCUACGACUUCCCCUCCGCGCGCCUCGCGCGCGGCGCGGGCCUGGAGCUCGUGCUCGUGGGCGACAGCCUGGGGAAUUGCCGGCUGGGCCUGCCGGACACGGUGGGGGUGACCAUGGACGACAUGCUGCGCGCGACCGUCUCGGUGCGGCGCGGCGUCGACGCCCCGCUGAUGGACGUCGCGGCCGACGACGCGGGCCCGAAGCCGAUGGUCGUGGGAGACAUGCCUUUCGGGUCGUACCUGCAGGAGGCGGACGCGCUGCGGAACGCAGCGGCGCUGAGGGUCGCAGGCGCAGAGAUGGUCAAGCUUGAGGGCGGGCGGCAGGUGGCGCCGCUCGUGCAGGCGCUGACGAACGCCGGCAUCCCGGUGAUGGGCCAUGUGGGCCUGGCGCCGCAGAGCGCCGUCCUCCAGGGCGGUUUUAAGAUGCAGGGCACCACUGCCAAGCGCGCUCUGGAGGUUGUCAAAGAUGCGCAGGCGCUCGUCGACGCCGGUGCAGUUGCCCUGGUGAUCGAGUGCGUGCCUGGCGAGGUGGCGCACGCGGUGCAGGCGGCUGUGCCCACUGUGCCAGUCAUCGGCAUCGGUGCAGGCAGCAGCGUGGCCGGCCAAGUCUUGGUUUGCGACGACUUACUCGGCGUGCACGGCAAGGCACCCUCGUUCGUGAAGCAGUAUGCCGACCUCGCUCGGACAUCGGCGGAGGCCUACCGUACAUGGGUGACGGAGGUGCGCAGCGGCCAUUUCCCUGGUCCGAUCCACUCGCAGAAAAUGAAGUUAGACGAGCUGACCGCAAUGGAGCAGCAGCUGCCCGAGCUUGGCGUGCACUUCAAAAAGCCUCCACCCGCACCGUUGCAGCCUGUCGCGUGGCCGGGCAGCGCGAUUCACGUGGGCGCCAGUCCCGUCAAGGAGCAAGUCGCCGCCCAGAGCUUGCCAAUCCGCGUGGGCGCCUUCUGGGCGCAGCCACGCACGGCGUUCGGCGCGCGCCUGCUGAGCACGGUGUGCGACUCGGUGGGCGGGCCUAGCGUCGGCGGCGGCGCAGAAGCAUUUGCGAAGGCCGCGGAGGCCUCUGCGAAGCCAGCCGAGGUUGAGGUGCUUCGCACCCGCCAGCAAAUGAAUGCCUGGCGGCGUACGGUGGGUAGGGUCGCGAUGGUGCCGACCAUGGGCAACCUGCAUGAGGGGCACCUCGAGCUGAUCGACGAGGCCAAGAAGCACGCGGACCAGGUGCUGGUGUCGAUCUUCGUGAACCCGGCUCAGUUUGCGCCCCACGAGGACCUGGACUGCUACCCGCGCACUUUCGAGCGCGAUCUCGAGCUCCUCGCCGCACGCGGUGCAUCCGCGUGCUUCGUGCCUACGCCGAAGGAGAUGUAUCCCAGGGGGUCGCCUGGCGGCGUGGUCGUGGUGCCCAAGUUCGUGCAGGGGCUGAGCGAAGACGCUUGCCGGCCGCACUUCUUUACUGGGGUUGCAACUGUGUGCUUGAAGCUGUUCAACAUUUGCCAGCCAGAUGUUGUGGUGUUCGGACAGAAGGACGCAAUGCAAUGCGUGGUCAUCCGGCGCAUGCUGGAGGACCUGGAUUUGGACACCCGCGUCUCCAUGGUUGUGGCUCCCACCUCGCGCGAGGAGGAUGGGCUCGCACGGUCGUCUCGCAAUUCGUACCUCACGCCGGACAUGCGGAGGCGAGCCCCCGCGAUCUACGCUUCGCUGUCGUCCGCAGCGUCGGCGCCUGGGGCGACGCCCGCGUCCGUGCGCGACGUGGUCAAAAGAGAGAUGGAGGUCGCCGGCAUGGACGUGAGUUACGUGUCGGUUGCAGGUCUGGACGACAUGCAGGAGAAGGAGGGCAACGCCCCCCUUGAGGGCUCUGUCAUAAGCGUGGCGUGCCUGUUGCGUGAUGGCAGCCAAGAGUGCCGCCUCAUCGACAACGUGGUAGUGCCUGCCUCCAGCGGGCGUGUGUGUUGGUGA